GGCUAAGUAAGUGAAGCUAGAGAGUAGAGAGAGAAAGGAAAGUGCAGCAGCCGGCCAUUUGCUCUCUCUGUGUUCUUCAAGGUCUUUAACCUUGACCCACUUAUUUGUUUAUAUCCAUUUCUCAUUUCAUGUUGUAAUGUGAUUUUUUGUUUUUAGGGUAACCCUGCCCUUUUAAUAUUUAUAAAAUUCUUGGUCAUCUUUAUUCUUGAAUUGCUGUUAUAUUCCCCUUUAUAUUGAUUUCUUGAUUCUUGAUGGAAUAUCCCUGUUGCACUUUCUCUUUUAUACCACUGUCACAUGUAUGAUACUACUCUGAUGAUGAAAUAUUGGAAUAUGAUUCUUACAGUGUGCCUCCUUUUUAAAAUUUUGUUUUUCCAAGUUGAGAUUUUGUGUAAGCUUGCCUUGGAAUAUUUUUAAAUUUGUUCAUUCUGUUGAAAUUCGCUAUGAGCGGAUUCCGGGGAAGGUCGAAAGUAGAUGAUGGCGUUUUAGGAUGCCAGUCAAUUGCUCGUGUGGGUUUAAUUACGUCACUUGGAUGGGAUUAUGCAUUUAUGCUUGUUCUUUAAUGUACCUUACAUCUUUAUAUCUCCAAGUAAAUAGUUUGUGUUGUCAUAUUUAUAAUUCUAAAUUGCUUCCAUAAAUGUUUGAUUGUGGUGGAUGAGGGCAUUCCUGGCAUUUGGUUUUAUGAAGCAUAUAUUAGGUGGUCUCCUGUAUCUGCCGAUAGGGACACCAGUUGCUGUCUUUUGUUGCUGAAUAAUAUGGCUGUUUAUAUACAUAGUGUAGGUAUCAUACUACUGGAGAUACUAAUUUAUUGAAGUGUUAAUGAUUUAUGAACUUCAGGUAGUCUUGUUUGUUAUGUCUAAUUAUAGUCACGAAACUACUUAAAUCGAUCUCUUUUAUUUUCCUUUUUUACUUCUUGGUAGUUGGUACUUUAUGUGUGUCUUGUUUCAUUUUUAGGGUGGAGAGGUUAAUAUGAUAGAAUGUUCAAUACUUAUUUUGAUUUCUAAUAGAUCUUGAAUUCAUCUUAUAUAGAACUCCAUAGUUAUUCCAUGUUUCUCUGCCUUUAAAUUAUCCGUUUCUAAAUGUAAGUGCGUUGUUAAGUUGAAUAUGAUGUACAUAUGCUUACUUUGAGAUGUUAGGGACCGAUAUCACUCUAAAUCAACACAGGAGAGACUUUUGUUCACUGUCUUAUUUUUGCAACAUCAACGUUGUGCUGCAAUGUCUCCACCAAAUCCUCCAGUUCCUUUUAGUUCAUGGACUGAUGAGAUGAUAACCCUGUCAUUAGAAGACUACAAUCAAGGAAAACCUCCCCCUCAAUAUUUGCUUUCAGAUUUGAAUCCAUACAGCUACCUGCCAUCAAAUUUACCCGACGGGAUUGGAUACUUAUUGAGCUCGGAGGUGAAGAAAGAUACACAACUUGGAUCCUGGAAAGAAAAUGGAGAACCAUGUGAGAUAUUCACAAACUCUGUUUUGACUGGCUGGAGAACUACCUAUGAAUUUUUUGAAGGUCAAUCCCCUAAUGAAAAGAAAACUAAUUGGGUGAUGCAAGAGUACAAAAUAACACACAAGGGGCCGGGUGAUGGAAGCAAAUCAAAGGAUUAUGGGUCUUUAUGUAGAAUCUUGCAAUCUAAAAAAAGUAUCCCAGAGGGGAUAAACAUGAUUUCCCUUCCAAAGUCUAAUAGUACUGGUGGCCAAGGAUCAAAAAAUGAAGCUCAGGAAAUUGGGGAUGUUGAGGCAAUAUUGUUGACUUCAGCUGAGAGACAUAACUGUGCACUGAGAGGUGACUUUCUGGAGUUGGAUGAUCUUGCUGAUCCACAAUCACCGUUUUCCACUUCAUUCAAUUCAAGUUGUCCAACCUUAGCUUCGGAGGAAUUGUUUGAUUCAGACAUGCUGUUACAAGAGCUGGACGACAAAAGAAUAGAUCGCAAAGAACAAUUUAAGUACACUGUCUCUAGUACAGUCAAACCAAAUGAGGUGGUUAUGCGUCCAGCGAUUGUAGGUAAGCUGACAACUGAAGAGCCCAUGAAAUCCAACUGUUAUAUUCCUGCCUUGGUUGUUGGAGGAGAAAAUGCAUCUGCAUCUUCUGGUCACCCUGGAGCUGUUUAUGAAAAGCGAAAGGAAAAGAAAGGCGUCUCCGGCCAAAUAAAGAAGUUGCAGAAUUUCUUCUGCUUUGAUUUAUUCUAAUUAUCAAGCAUCACACAUGUAAAUAUCUCCGUCAUCAAACAAGUUUUCAAGCUGUUUCCAAUAUGUAAUUUUAGUGUUUUACAUGUAGCAAUGAAAUAUUUGAUCUUUGUUGUUUAUAAAUUAGAGUACACAAAUUUUUACCUUUA